AUGGCUUCGAUUGGAAAAGACUUGAAGAGCGGAAUUGAUGGGUUGAACAUUGUCAUGGAAUAUUUCAGUACACACGGGCAUGUUGACAACCUGCCGUUAAGCGUACUGGGCUAUGUGGGAAUGCCGCUUGUUCUGGCCGCGAUAAACUUGAAGCUUUCUCCUUCACGCGACGAAACCGAAUCCAGGCGGAAGAUUUUGGCUUCCCUGAGCAAGAUAAUUCGACACUCAGAGACACUUUAUGAUGUGACAGAUUUUGUGGCCGUUGGAACCAACCACAUUUUGCAAUUAGCGUACGCAACAACUAAGAAUCCCCCGGAAAAUUUGGAAUACAAGAGACUGGGACCAGAUCAAACUGUGGUAGCCUAUCUCCCAGUCGACUGCCCAACAGCUCAAGAUCUACAACCGUUACCCGGGCAUCGAAUUGGCUUGAAGCCUUUGGCCGGUGCCCACGUGCGUACCUUCUGA